CGGGCUCUGCCCCUCCGCGCACGGGGUCUGAGGCGGAGUCGGCGGCGCGGCCAGCUCCGGGUGCUAGGCCGUGACAUGGUGCGUGGCAGGAUCUCCAGCCUCUCGGUGCGGGACGUGCGCUUCCCCACGUCGCUGGGGGGCCACGGCUCGGACGCCAUGCACACAGACCCUGAUUAUUCGGCUGCAUAUGUUGUCUUAGAGACCGAUGCGGAAGACGGGCUCAAAGGGUAUGGAAUUACCUUCACUCUGGGAAAAGGCACGGAAGUUGUUGCCUGUGCUGUGAAUGCCCUCGCCCACCAUGUGCUUAACAAGGACCUCGGGGACAUCGUUGGUGACUUCAGAGGCUUCUACAGGCAGCUCACCAGUGAUGGGCAGCUCAGAUGGAUUGGUCCUGAGAAAGGUGUUGUGCAUCUGGCGACCGCGGCUGUUCUCAACGCUGUGUGGGACCUGUGGGCCAAGCAGGAGGGAAAGCCUCUGUGGAAGUUACUUGUUGACAUGGAGCCCAGGAUGCUGUUAUCCUGCAUAGAUUUCAGGUACAUCACAGACGUCCUGACUGAGGAGGAAGCCUAUGGAAUACUGCAGAAAGGUCAAAUUGGCAAAAAAGAGAGAGAAAGGCAAAUGCUGAUGCAUGGCUACCCUGCCUACACGACAUCAUGUGCCUGGCUGGGGUACUCGGAUGACACGCUGAAGCAGCUCUGCACCGAGGCCCUGCAGGACGGCUGGACCAGGUUUAAGGUAAAAGUGGGUGCUGAUCUCCAGGAUGACAUCCGUAGGUGCCGACUCAUCAGAAACAUGAUUGGACCCGAGAAGACGUUGAUGAUGGAUGCCAACCAGCGCUGGGAUGUGCCCGAGGCAAUAGAGUGGAUGUCAAAGCUGGCUCAGUUCAAGCCACUGUGGAUUGAAGAACCCACCUCCCCUGAUGACAUUCUGGGACAUGCCACCAUUUCCAAGGCAUUGGUCCCACUAGGAAUUGGUGUCGCCACAGGAGAGCAGUGCCACAAUAGAGUCAUAUUUAAGCAGCUUCUCCAAGUGAAAGCCCUGCAGUUUCUCCAGAUUGACAGCUGCAGGCUGGGAAGUGUCAAUGAAAACCUCUCAGUGUUGCUGAUGGCCAAAAAGUUUGAAAUUCCCGUUUGCCCCCAUGCUGGUGGAGUUGGCCUCUGUGAAUUGGUACAGCACCUGAUUAUAUUUGACUUCAUAUCAGUUUCUGCAAGCCUUAAAAACAGGAUGUGCGAAUAUGUCGACCACCUGCAUGAACAUUUCAGGUAUCCAGUGACGAUCAAGAAGGCUUCCUACAUGCCUCCUAAGGAUGCUGGUUAUUCAACAGAAAUGAAGGAGGAAUCUGUAAAGAAACACCAAUAUCCAGAUGGUGAAGUCUGGAAGAAACUUCUUGCUGCUCAAAAUAAUUAAAUGUUCAGCCCCAAUACUCUUUCCUUUUUCAAGUAAAAAGGCUUAAAACUUUUUGGGUAUGGUUUUACAAAAACGGGGGAAAAAUCACCCUAGCAAUCAAAACAAAUUCAGCUGAAAGUCCUGUUGACCUCAGGAAUCAGCUCAGUCAUCAUUAUUACUUAAUUCUUUUAGCAAAUAAACAUAUAUUCUCUUUAUUAAUCCUUAAACAAAUUUAGAUUUAACUCAAAAUCCAGAAAGAUGUUCUUACAAAAUUUCUAUCAAGUGCUGGUACCUAGACAUUAAAUUGCACUUUGAAAAUAA